GAGGCAAAAUUUGAGUGUCAACUCAUUUGGGCAGUCUGUGUUCCAGCAGCAAUGUUGCCUGUCCCACUGAUCUUAUGGAUGGUUGCCCUGGCCCACACUGUUGCAGGACGUGCUUGUCUGAGGCCACCUGAAAUACUGUUGGCUGCUGUUGAUGUAAUCAAGGAAGAAUAUCACACAGGAGAGGAAAUUACAUACACUUGCAACCCUGGUUAUGUUCCUCAGUCAGGCCAAAGGAGAUAUACAUGCCCUUGGUCUGGUAAAUGGCCUAUCGUUACACUGAGAUGUGUACGAAAGAUAUGUCCCUACCCUGGACCCCUGAGAAAUGGAAUUAUACAUCAUACAAGUUUCUACUACCAGGAUGUUGUAACUUUUUCAUGUGAACCUGGGUAUAUUCUUCAAGGACCUAAAACCAGUCAAUGUCUGGCAAAUGGACAAUGGAGUGGAAAGCUACCAGAAUGCCAACCUGUGAUUUGUCCUCCACCUCCAGUUUCUGAAUUUGGAGCCCUUUCUUACCGUAACCUUAAUCCUGGAAACAUAACAGUCUUCCAAGAUGUAGUCAAAUUUGAAUGUUUGCCGCCUCUUGCACUGAUUGGAAAUGAAAUAGCUACAUGUUUGGCCAAUGGGACUUGGAGUGAGCUACCAGAAUGCAUAUCUGUACAAUGUCCAUACCCAGAAGAAAUAGAAAAUGGAUUUAUAAACUUUGCUCUUCACAGAACAUAUAACUAUAAUGAUAAAGUGACCUAUGGCUGUAAUCCUACAUAUGUGCUAGAUGGAGCUGUGGAUUCCACAUGUGAAAAAACAGGCUACUGGUCAAAAAAACCAACAUGCAGAGCACCAUGUAAGAUACCAGUUAAAAGAGCUACAGUGUUAUACAAUGAGCAGAGAGUAAAGGUACAGGACCAUCUCCAGCAAGGAAUACAGCAUGCUGAGAUGAUCUGGUUUUUCUGCAAAAACAAAGAACAGCACUGCAGUUAUACUGUACCUGCUCAGUGUCUCGAUGGCAAUUUCCAGGUCCCUGCCUGUUUUGAAGACCGUGGAUGGUUUAUAUCCAUAUUCAAGACUGAUGUUGCAGACCUGACACCAUGUUAGAAUGCCAGUUGAACUGAAGAGAAUGUCUCCAUGUUUUGAGGUGGCGGGAGAUGGCUAAAUGGAGCAGAAUCCUUCCUAAAUCUGAGCUGCAAUAUGGGCUUAUCAGUCCCAGCAUAUACUAAACUGCCUUUUUAAUAGCAAUUUGUCACAACUGCAUUUAAAUUAUUUGGUAUUGUACUAUUUUCUUAUUACUUUGAAAGAUACAUGCUCAGCUUGCUUACAGGGUACACACAGAGGGGUCAAUAUACCCUCAAUGCAUUUACCAGAAAUACAUAAGCCAGCAGUAGCACUUUUGAUAUGACCAGGUUAAUUACUUUUAGGUUGCAACUGUUUGGGCAAAUCAGUUUCAGCUUUGCUGUAAUUAAACAAUAUUGUGGAGUAAUGAACACUUUUAAACAAGAA